GUGGAGAAGUUGUUAGAAAGAGACCCAACCAAAGAUAUUCUGGAGUUUUGCCGCAAAGAGAAUGAAAAGGCUAGAGAGCACGAGAUGCAACUUAUGCAGAUGAGCAUAAGUUGGUUGCCUGGAAUCUUGCAUUUGUGUCAGCACAAAUGCAAGAUUCUGAGCAUUUCCUGCCUCAAGGAAACUCUCAGCAGUAUGGGUAUAGUUACCCAUCACAACAUUCCUAUCAAUAUAUAGAAAGCGGGAAUAUG